GAUGCCGAAGCACAGGAUGGUAACGGGGAUACACCACUACACUUUGCGGCAGCCAGUGGUCGCAGGGGUCUCUUUGAGCUAUUUCUGGAGAAAUCUCCCGACAUCAAUAUUACUAACUUCUCGGGUGAAACUCCACUGCAUAAAGCAGUGCAACGGGGUCGUCGAAAGAUGGUGGAGUAUAUGCUGCAUAAUGGAGCGGACGUCAGCAUGCGCGAUGAUUAUCAGCGGACACCACUCCAUAAGGCCGUGGGGUCGGAGAACAACGUUAUGAGGUUAUUGGUCAAUCGGGGGGCGGAUGUUCAUGCCAGAGACAUGUUCGGCCAGACU